AUGCCUAAGGAUAAGGCUCCUCCCCGCAAGGCCGCCAAGGAGCGCGUCCAACGUCGCAAGAAGGACCCCAAUGCUCCCAAGCGUGGUCUCUCGGCAUACAUGUUCUUUGCCAAUGACAACCGCGACAAGGUUCGCGAGGAGAACCCUGGCAUUUCCUUUGGCCAGGUCGGCAAGACCCUUGGUGAGCGCUGGAAGGCUCUCUCGCCCUCCGAGCGCAAGCCUUAUGACCAGAAGGCCGCUGACGACAAGAAGCGUUACGAGGAUGAGAAGGCCAAGUACAAGGCUGAGGGCGACGAAGAGGAGGAGGAGGAGUCGUCCUAG